AUGGACGAACCGACUCCCCCAACCGAGCUUGGCCGCCUACGCGUCCUCUCACCCACUGCCGGUGUGCGAGUCUCUCCCCUGCAGCUGGGUGCCAUGUCCAUUGGCGAAGCCUGGGCUGGCAUGAUGGGCGCCAUGGACAAGGUUUCCGCAUUCAAGCUCCUGGAUGCUUUCUACGAAGCCGGUGGAAACUUCAUCGAUACCGCCAGCAACUACCAGAACGAACAGUCCGAACAAUGGAUUGGUGAAUGGGUCGAGGCGCGCCAGAACCGUGACUCGCUGGUGCUGGCCACCAAGUUCAGCAUGGACUACCGUAGCCACGCCAUUGGCAAGGGUUCCCAAGCUGCCAACUUUGCGGGUAACUCCCGUCGCAGCAUUCACGUUGGUGCCCGCGACUCGCUGAAGAAGCUGCGCACCGACUACAUUGAUAUCUACUAUGUUCACUUCUGGGACUUCACCACCUCGAUCAAGGAGGUCAUGGACGCCCUCCAUAUUCUCGUUGAGCAGGGCAAGGUCCUAUACCUGGGAGCAUCGGACACCCCCGCCUGGAUCGUGGCCGCCGCCAACACCUACGCUAUUGACCACGGAAAGACUCCCUUCAGCAUUUACCAGGGACGCUGGAACCUUCUGAACCGAGACUUCGAGCGUGACAUCAUUCCCAUGGCCCGUCAAUUCGACAUGGCUCUUGCACCCUGGGACGUUCUCGGUGGAGGUAAGUUCCAGUCCAAGUCCGAGCUCGAGCGCCGCAAGUCUGCCGAAGAAGGCCUGCGUGCCUUCGCCGGCCGCCCUCCCCACCAGACCGAGGAAGAGAUCAAGGUCAGCGAGGCUCUGGCAAAGGUGGCAUCCGAGCACGGCAUCGAAUCCGUCACCUCCGUCGCGCUGGCCUACGUUAUGUCCAAGGCCGGCAAUGUCUUCCCACUGAUCGGCGGCCGCAAGGUCGAGCACUUGACGGACAACAUCCAGGCCCUCAGCCUCAAGCUCACCCAGGAGCAAAUCGAGUAUCUCGAGAGCGUCAAGCCCUUCAACCCUGGCUUCCCGCACAACUUCAUCCCCGCAGACCCGAAUGUCACUGGUUCGUCAUUCCUGAUUGCGCGAACCAACGCCAUUAAGUUCCCUAACGCCCAGAAGCCGACCUCUCUUUGA